CAAGACCAGUCAAGUGUACCGCUUGCUUCCGACAUUGGUAGAAUUAAGCGCCAACAACCGAACGCUAGAAAUUGUCAUAUUGUCUGAAAGGUGAUCAUUAUCAGGGCUAUUUUUGGUAUAUGUGCUUCUUGAAAUUCCUGAUAUCUGAAGCUUCACCUUUGGAUACACACAUUGGGUGAGACAACUUUCACCUUUACAGACGCCUGCAGCAAUGAACUUCGUACUGCUAGAUCAGCUAGAACAGCUUAGAAGUGAAGGGAUGACAGGAAACGAGACUUAUCUUGACUACCAGCCUUACGACGAGACGGUCCCGUCCCUGAUUCGUCUCGUUGAGAUACUGUAUAUCUACUACAUACCCGUCAUCAUCUGCCUCGGGAUUUCCCUGAACACCGUCGUCUGUAUCGUCCUCCUCAGAACGAAGCUGAGGAAGAAGUUCUACACGCACGUGUUCGCUGCCACCACAAUCAGUGAUAACGGCUUUCUGGCGACCGUUCUCAUGAUCUGGAUGAAGGACCAGGCUGUGGAUAUAUACAAAGCCCCUGGAAUGUGUCAAAUGAUCAUUUUUAUGAGCCACUUUUUCCCCUUUUUGUCUUUUUGGCAUAGUGUAUCAGCCAGUAUCAUCCUCCUGAUCCGGCCUCGGUCCUCCUGUCUCACCAACACGUGCAACGGACCCGGAAAGUCACGGACCCUGAUCGUCUCUCUCUCUGUCUUCACCCUGACGAUAUACAUCUACAAGACAUGGACCAAUGGCGUGCUAGUCAUACAAGGAGCCCGGUACUGUACUAUUUUACCGGAAACCGAAGAGGCCAUGAAAAUAUUGAACAUUCUGGAUGUCAUAGUUUUACUUGUUUUACCUUUUAUCAUUUUCGCCAUCUUUGAUUUGCUAAUUAUCGUUAAACAGAUAAUGAAACUUUAUCUUGCCAACUCCUUCAAUGGAUCCAGUACAUAUCGAGAUUCUCUAAAAGUGGUGUUAGUCCACUCUAUUUGUUUCCAUGUAUUUGUAGGCCCAGGGUGCAUCUCAAAACUCAUUUUACUAUUCCGAUAUAUGUCCGGAAAUGAGCAAUACGACCUAAAAGAACUGAUUCUGGAGAGUAUAUUCCAGUACAUGUUCUAUACCUAUUUCGGUAUAAAGCCUCUGUUUCAUAUAAUGGUGUCAAAAUCCUUACGAGUGCACUUAAAAGAACUGCUACUUAAAGCCAAACAAACGAUGUCGAUGUCCCGGAUGUUGAUGAACGCCGGCUCACAUGACCAGACUCUGUUGUAAGAAACAGAAUAAUGUGCCUUUGAGGUGAUAAACAUUCUACAUUGCAUGCAGGCGGAUGAAUGUAAAUUAACAUAUCAAAAUUGCUAUGAACGAAAUUUUAAUGGCGUUCGAAAAUCUUUAAUUCUUUACAAUACAUCUUUUCAUUUCUUUUUGCGUUUUGGUAACAGAGUAAAGUUUUAUGCUUCUCUUAAAGAAGCUAUUUGAUAAAAAUGUAAACAUUUACGACAAUUAAGCACCUCCUAUAUGAAUCACUACAUCCAAGAAAACUAGUGUCGCUUCAUGUGCAAAUGUGUUGCUGUUGAAUUCUUUAGUUUGUUUGUUUCAUUGUUGUACCACAGAUCAAAUAAAGUUCU